AUGAGGUUACCACCAGCCCCGGAGUCGAUGAGGGCUUGGUGGGAGGUCGUCUGGGAGGAUGUCUCUAGAAGCACGGGGAGAAUGCUUAUAAGGGGAGCUGUUCAGUUAGACAGGAUGAGGAAAGGGGCAAAGAUCUCCAGUGUGGCAGGCAGCUCAGUGGGGGCGGUUGGAGGCGUGCUUUCUAUUAUUGGUUUGGCGUUAAUUCCUGUCACAGCUGGAUUGUCUCUAGCACUAACAGUGACUGGGAUCGGGAUGGGAAUCACCAGUGGAGUCAACAGUAUUGUCACCACUGCCACAGAGAUCGGAGUUAAUAGUAAGCAUCAAAAGAAAGCCAGUGAAGUCCUCCAGAGCUUCAUGGAGGAUGUGCAGUGUCUCCAGCUUUGUCUGGAGGAGGCCACCAGUCAGCCAAUCACUGAUGUGGAAACAAGUGAGAAAAAUGUGGCUGAGGAAGCUGUCAAGGUGUUGUGUAAGGUUGGUUCCAUUGGAAAAAAGAUAGAUUCAGCUGUUAAUGCUGCCUCAGCUUUUCAGAUGUUAAAAAGUGAAAAUCUUGUAGCAAGUGCUGGUCAGGUGGUGGCCCAGGAAGCUAAUGCAUUACGCAAUGUGCCCAGGGUGGCCUCAGACAUCCCAGAUAUCGGUCAGGCAGCAGUCAAAGGGUCACUUGCUCUCACCAAGUCAGCCAGGGCAGGGCUCAUUGCACUCAAUGCUCUUUUCAUUGGCAUGGACAUCGGCCACUAA